AUGGCAUCUUCGCUCAAGGAUGCCAGUCUGGUUGGCCUGCUCGACUCUGAUCCUCGACCGACCUUCAUUGUCGCAAACCAGAAGCCUGGCUCGACUGCACCAGUGGGAUCUGGUGACCAGCCAAAGGGAAUCAUAUAUCAUAACCCGGCGCUUGGCUCGAACUCAACACUCCUGCAAGCCAUUCUUGCGAUCCCAGAAGAUGAGCUUCAGUCUCCUUUCUGGAAUUGGGUGAAUAGCCCAGCUCCCGAAACCCGCGACCUGAAACUUGAUGCGCAUCACUCGCUUUCGUAUCUUGGUGUAUACUGGACAAGGAAUGUCGUACAAAAUCAAUGGAUUGUCAUGAGUGGGAAUGAGGCUCCUCCGUCAUCUGAGCCCCCAAGAAAGAAGCGACUGAAGGUCAUGGAAGGGAUUUCGAGGAUACAUCAUUCCGAGCCGGUGAGCACCCAGGCCGUUGACUUUGCGCCCAUGGAUAAGCAUCAACUUGAGAGUGCUGCUGCGGUACCUCUGUUCCGAGACAAGCCACAGCCUGUGCUUAUGUUGCCGGAUUUCUCAUCAGACCUUGAACCCUUCCUCGACGUGAUCCAGAGUGUCGACUGGGCUCGGCACUCCCUUGGUCCUAUGAACUCUUGGCCUGUACGCUUGCAGGAAGCAUUUAACCAAACCAUCUCUGACUCCAGACCAAGCUCGAUUUUGUGGGGGCCAGAAUAUCUAAUGUUAUACAACGAGGCUUUCUCCAAAUUCGUUGGCACAGAUCAUCCGCAUGCUCUUGGCCGAUCAGUCUUGGAGAUUUGGCCCGAAAUUAAGGACAAGUUGGAUCCUGUAUGGAACGCCCCCCCUAACAAACGCUGUAGGCUGGAAGAUGAAACCAGAUUCUUUGUUCCGAAAUCUGACGACCUGAAAGAGGAGACAUAUGUCAAAUGGGCCCUCAACCCUAUUAUCGAAGGUCGAUGCCUGGGAAUCCAGCAUUCUCUGCUCGAGACAACUUCAAUGCGGCUCUGGGAGAGGAGAAUGAAAAUGUUGAUCGACUUGGGUAAUGCUCUGGUUACCGCAAGAGAUGUGCAGUCUUAUUGGGCCAAGACGUUGGAGGAGCUCGAGCGAUGGAGUCCAGCAUACGACGUUCCGCUGGCAUUCGUUUAUUCGGUCGUGGAUGAUGAUGACCUUGAUUCGUCGAGGUCUCGUUACGACUGCCCCAGAACGUGUAAAUUGGCAGGUUCCCUCGGGGUGCCGGCUGGUCAUCCUAUCGCGCCGCCCAUCCUUGAUCUUCGGGACACGGAUGAUGGACUGGCACCGAGCUUCCGUGAGGCGCUUCAAGCCCAAGUUGCCUUACUUCUCCAGAAGAAAGAUGGGACCUUACCAGAGAGGCUUCUGGAUGGAUUAGAGUGGCGAGGUUUUGGUGAUGCUUGCCAAAAUGCUGUCAUCUGCCCUAUUCGACCAACUAAUGACGAAAGCAUUAUGGGCAUCCUCUUUUUGGGUCUUAAUCCUCGGCGACCUUACGAUAAUGAUUACCGGCAGUUCAUUUCGCUUCUCCACCAGAAGUUGACAAGCUCCCUUGCAUCAACUGUUCUGCUAGAGGAAGAAGCACGACGCGGUAGAAACGCAGUGGCGCAAGCAACCCAUGAUACCGCCAUGCUGCAACGGAAACUCGCAUGGCAGACGGAGCAGACCAACAAAUCGACGCAAAACUUUGAGGCUGUCGCUGAAUUUAUCCCAGUGGGAAUGUCGAUUACAGACAACCACGGCAACGUCACAUUUGCCAAUGACGCUUGGUAUCGAAUAACUGGAUACCCGAGGGGACCUAUUGCUCCAGGGGCACUGCAAAAGUGCGUUAUUCCAGAAGACAGGUCCAAGAUUGUGCAGGCAUACGAGGAGCUGGAAAAGGUCGAAACUGUGACAUUCGAAUUCCGCAUCCCCCGGACCGAACCUCAGCUCAAUGGGUCUAGGUCCCGAACUGGCUCUGUUGCUGGCAUUGAUGAUAGGGUCGGACGUCACGUACUGGCGUCCACAAAGGCAGAGCGUGCUGAUGAUGGUAGAGUUAUCAGGAUGCUGACCUGCUUGACCGAUGUGACGGAACAGAAGGACACGGCAGAAGAGGCCGUGAGGCGUGCACAAGAAGCACAGAAUCUGAAGCGCCUUGCUGAGUUUGCUACUGUUGGAAUGUAUGACAUCAGCUUGGAUGGGCGGUUGCUCAGUGCUAAUAAUUCCUUCUGGGAGCUGAGUGGAUUGCCCAAAGUCGAUUUAGUCAAGGUGGAUCUCGACCCAUGGCAAACUUGCGUUGUGGAAGAAGACCUACCGAUUGUGCAGCAGAAGUUAAAUGAGCUGCGAGCAUCCGGCCGUUCCCAGUCUGCCGACAUCAGGCUGAAAACUACCUGGAGGGCCGAAAAUACCAUUGGUCAGGGAAUUACGUCUGCUCGUUCCGUGCUUGCGACCUUCAUGCCUGUGAAGAGUUCGGAUGGUAUUAUCCAAUCCUUCACUGGUUGCAUCAGCGACGUGUCUUUGCAGAAAUGGCAGCUGGAUCAAGAAAGGAAGCGCAAGGACGAAGCCAUUGAGUCAAAGCGCCAGCAAGAGAACUUCAUUGAUAUGACGUCCCAUGAAAUGCGGAACCCGUUAAGUGCUAUUGUCCAUUGCGCCGAUGCCAUCGUUGCGUCUCUUGCCAGGGUAGAAGAGCUCGACGAAGUGGCAGAGCCGAUGACGCCUUCACGCGCCACCACGGGCCUAUCACAGUCUCAGAGCGAGGAACUGGAAAGGAUCAGCCAAAUGAAGAGGCUCAUCAAGGACAGUAUCGAGAAUGCAGAGACCAUUGAGACCUGUGCGCAACACCAAAAACGCAUUGUCGAUGAUAUCUUGACUAUGUCUAAGCUGGACUCAAAGCUUCUCGCUGUCACGCCUUGCACGGUGGAUCCUAUCCAUAUUGUUGCUGACGCACUCAAGAUGUUUGAUGUCGAAGCUCGAAGGGUAGACAUUGCUUUGACGUCUGUGGUGGACCCAUCAUACACCGACCUGGACCACAAGUACUUGGAUCUGGACCCUUCUCGCCUCAAACAAAUUCUUAUCAAUCUUCUUACCAACGCACUCAAAUUUACCAAGUCUGGCAGGGUGCGGAAUGUGGCAAUUUCUGUAAAAGGAUCCCUAUCGCGGCCCGGUCGGGAUAUGACAAUUGCCGAUUUCAUCCCCCGCUUCCAGAAUGAAGCGGAUGAUUACGAGCAGCCUGCUUUGAAAGGCCGGGGUAACCCGGUGUAUCUCCUAUUCGAGGUCAAAGAUACAGGCCAAGGUCUAACGGACGCGGAGAUGGGUACCCUUUUCAACAAGUUCGUCCAAGCCAGUGCAAAGACUCACGUUAAGUACGGGGGGUCUGGCCUAGGGCUUUUCAUAUCAAGGAGACUUACAGAGUUGCAGAAUGGGGCAAUUGGUGUGUCAAGUGAGGUAGGAGUUGGAUCUACAUUUGCCUUUUACAUCGAGGCCUAUGUUCCGACUCCGGAGGCGCUGGCAGAAGCUGAAGCCACUGCGGCGGCGGCCAGAGUUGUUAACAGACUAGAGGCCGAACGAUCUGGGGUAACAUUAGAACCUGGAGGAAAGCAGGGAGCAACGCUCAAGGAAAAUCGACUCCAUAAAAAGGUUCAACUCGGAAUCGCCAUUCGCCUGGAUGGUAUUCUUGUUGUGGAGGACAACCUCAUCAACCAGCAGAUCACUCGGCGUGGUCUGCAAGACAGGGGCUACUUGGUGGAUGUUGCCAACCAUGGUGUAGAGGCGCUGGAGAAAUUGCGCAAAUCGGUCGGGGCAAAGGCCAAGGCACCUGGUCAGGGUGAGACGACAGUCAAGGCGCUUAGUGGAAGCAGCCGGUCAAAUAAUAGGAGCUCCUUCUCAGGUAGCAACAAUGCGCAGCCUAUCCCCAUCAACCUCGUGUUGAUGGACAUCGAGAUGCCAAUUCUUGACGGACUCAGCUGUACCAGACAGAUACGGGAGCUUGAACAAGAGGGGUCAGUGUUCUGUUCAUCUGGGGGGCGUAUUCCUAUCAUUGCGGUCACAGCAAAUGCGCGGCCGGAACAAAUAAUGGAGGCCAAGCAGGCCGGGUGCGAUGAUGUGCUUGUCAAGCCAUAUCGUAUCCCGGAGCUGGUGGAAAAGAUGCAGGUUGUUGUCCGAAGGAUUGUGGGACUAAGUCCUAAUUCCCCGGCAGCUUGA